AUGUCUAAAUUCUUGACUCUUUCGCUCUUCCUCUUCUUGUUUACGUUUUUCCUCUCUGUAUCCAUUGCUACCCAUGCAAGCUCUACCACUGAUUAUGUGCAGAGUGAGUGCUUGAAGGUACCUGUAAGUCAAUUUGUGGGCUCUUUGAAGACCACUCUUGAUAUAAUACAAGAUGUGACCUCUAUAAUCUCAAAUUUUGGCAAUUUUUUUGGUGAUCGUCGCCUUACCAAUGCCAUUACUGAUUGUCUUGACUUACUUGACUUCUCUGUUGAUGAGUUGAGCUGGACCAUGUCUGCUUCCCAGAAUCCUAAGGGUAAACAUAACAGCACUGGUGAUUUGAGUUCUGAUUUAAGGACAUGGUUAAGUGCUGCACUUGUUAACCAGGGCACAUGCAUCGAAGGAUUUGAUGGUACAAGCAACAUUCUCAAAGGUCUGGUCGCAGGGGGCCUUAAUCAAAUCAGUUCUUCAGUCCAAGAACUUCUCAAUAAUGUGGACCCACGUACCAAUUCCAAGUCCAAUGGAAGUGGCUUUAGUGGUAGCAAAAGUGGCAAUGGAGCUUGGCUAGGUAGGAGGGUUAAGUGGCCUGGAUAUCAUAUAUUGAACGAUUCCACACAGGCUAGUAAUUUUACAGUGGCCCAGUUCAUUGAAGGCAACUUGUGGUUGCCGUCAACGGGAGUGAGAUACACUGCAGGAUUGGAUGUUUAG